AGGAGUGGGUUUUAGUCUCUGGUUCUUCAGGAAUGGAUCUGUUUAGAGUGUCUGAUUCCCGCUCCCUGUGGAUCCGGAUCCCCCUCCUCAUCGGGACAUUCAUCCUCCUCAAUGGAGGGAGAGACAGCGGAACUGAGGCUCACUCCUACACCUUUAUCACUGCCUGUGAGUUUAACAGCACCGGGAACUGGGUCUUUCUGGAACAGCAUGUUUAUGACCAGGAGCUGAUCGCGUAUUUUGACUAUAACCAGAAGAAGUACAUCGCGGUGAAAGCCUGGACGAAGUCUAAUAUGGACAGAUGGAACAGAGAGAGCGCGGAAACGUCGUACCAGGAAGGGACGGCUUACUGUCAGAAUAACGUCGGUAUUAUGGAGAGUGAGGUGCUGCCCCGGAGAGUUGAACCAAUGGUCACUAUCCGACCUAAAGCGCCUCAACAUGCUGCACAGUUGGCUCUGCUCUCGUGUCAUGUCACUGGAUUUUACCCUCCUGAGAUUGAUAUCACAUGGCUGAAAAAUGGAGCACCAAUUCCUGAUGGUGUCAUCAACACUGUCCUGUUAUCAAAUGGUGACUGGACCUAUCAGGUGGAGGAUCUCCUCCAGUAUCAGCCAGUGUCUGGGGAUAAAUAUACCUGUCGUGUGGAACACAGCAGCCUGGGGAGUCCCAGGAGUGUGGAAUGGGAGAUACAGAGUAUUCCUGAAUCGGCACAUCCCAAGAUUGUUGUUGGAGCCCUGUUCUUUGUGGUUGGACUGAUCAUCUUGCUGGCUGGAGUGAUAAUGAGACUGAAGAAUGCUAAAGCUAUUCUGGACUCCAGCAAUCAUGGCCCACGUCUGAUGAGUACAGCUGCCAGUUAACUGUGGAUGUGACCUGAGACAGUGGAAUGACACUGGAUAAAAGGCUCUAAAGUGCUUCUAACUUUCCAAUGUGACCGCAGCUCACCAGAUAUCAGGCUGCUUCACCUUGGCUUUUGAUGGCUUGAGGUUAAUGUUAUGCAAUGCUAUGAGACUUGUAUGCUAACUUUUUAUCAUGUUAAAACAACCUGUAAAAACAUGCUUAAUGUACAGCUAUUGUAACAACAUGCAUGAUUAACUCCUCCCUCUACACUCCCAUCACCCUAAUUGAAAUACUGGGAUCAGUGCUUGGGUGUAAAAAAAAUCUUUCCUAGUUAACUUUUUUUCUUUGUCUGUUCACAGCUUUGUUGUAAAUGUUUUGAAAUCUACAUUAGUUACUUGGAAAAUUUUAUCUAUUUUGUAUCUAAACAAAUUUAAUGAAACAAUUGAUUGAUAUUAA